CAAACCCUAUGGAAAAACAAAACCAGUUUUUGAAACAGCGGUGCAGUGAAGCAAAGAGCAGCCACGGACAUGGCGUCGAAGGAAUCUCAACCUCCCAAUACAAACAGAGCCUUAACCAACACUCGGUUCUCCGACCUCCAACCCCCACUCUCUGAACCGGUUCUCCAGGCUCUCACUGACUCCGGUUUCGAAUUCUGCACCCCGGUUCAAGCCGCCACCAUCCCCUUAAUCUGCAGCUUCAAGGACGUCGCUGUCGACGCCGCCACCGGUUCCGGCAAAACCCUAGCCUUCGUCGUCCCCCUCGUUGAGCUCCUCCGCCGCACCUCCUGUCCUCCCAAACCUCACCAGGUAAUGGGGAUUAUAAUAUCCCCCACAAGAGAGUUAUCUUCACAAAUAUACCAUGUUGCCCAACCUUUCGUUUCAACAUUGUCGAAUGUUAGCUCCAUGCUUCUUGUUGGGGGAGCAGAAGUAAAAGGAGACAUAAAGAAAAUAGAGGAGGAAGGAGCAAAUUUGUUGAUUGGCACACCUGGAAGGCUACAUGACAUAAUGGAACGCAUGGAUAUUUUGGACUUUAGAAAUCUUGAGAUUUUGAUUUUAGACGAGGCUGAUAGGCUGUUGGAUAUGGGAUUCCAGAAGCAGAUAAAUUCUAUUAUAUCUCGCUUACCAAAGCUUCGAAGAACUGGUCUUUUCUCAGCUACUCAAACUGAGGCAGUUGAAGAGCUAUCCAAGGCAGGAUUGAGGAAUCCUGUGAGGGUUGAAGUUCGAGCAGAAACAAAAUCACUCAAUGAAUCAUCAUUGUCAAAACAGUUAGCCUCUUCAAAAACACCCUCUGGCCUUCAUCUCGAGUAUCUUCAAUGCGAAGCAGAUAAGAAACCAUCACAACUUGUUGAUCUCCUUAUCAAGAACAAGUCUAAAAAAAUUAUAAUCUAUUUCAUGACUUGUGCUUGUGUGGAUUAUUGGGGAGUUGUCCUUCCAUGGCUUGCUGUUCUGAAGGGUUUCUCUCUAAUACCUCUUCAUGGGAAGAUGAAACAGACUGCAAGGGAGAAGGCAUUAGCUUCAUUUACAUCUCUUUCCAGUGGUAUUCUUCUAUGCACAGAUGUUGCAGCACGUGGACUUGACAUUCCUGGCGUUGAUUGUGUAAUACAGUACGACCCCCCUCAGGAUCCUAAUGUAUUCGUACACAGAGUUGGUCGAACUGCUCGGAUGGGACGGGAAGGAAGUUCCAUUGUCUUUCUAUUACCAAAGGAGGAAGCUUAUAUAGAAUUUUUGCGUAUAAGAAGGGUUCCACUUGAAGAAAGAAAAUGCUCUGAUGAAGCUCCUGAUAUUGUGUCUGAUAUACGGUCUGCUGCAAAAAAGGACCGCGAUGUCAUGGAAAAAGGGCUCAGAUCGUUUGUUUCUUACAUCCGCGCUUAUAAAGAGCAUCACUGCUCUUACAUUUUCAGGUGGAAAGAACUUGAGGUAGGGAAGUUGGGUAUGGGUUUUGGCUUAUUGCAGCUCCCUUUGUUGUCUGAGGUGAAGCGCUACUCACUUUCUACCGCGGGCUUUGCUCCAGUCGAAAAUAUCAUUUUGGAGGAGAUCAAGUACAAGGAUAAAUCUCGGGAGAAACAGAGAAAAAAGAACUUGCAAGCAAAGAAAGCUCGGCAACAAGAAGAACCCAAACCACGGAAGCCCAAAGCGACUGCAAAUACUGCAGCAGCUUCUGCGACGAGGAAGAAGACAGCAAAACAGAGACGUACUACUCAGACUAUGGAAGAUGAAGAUGAAAUGGCACGGGAAUACAGCUUGCUCAAAAAGUUAAAAAAGGGUGCAAUAGAUGAAAGUGAAUUUGCAAAAUUAACAGGAACUGAAGAUUUGCUUUGAAAAUGCAAUUUCGUGUUAUGAGAAGGACUUGGCGGGAUAUGUAGGUGAUACUUUGGAAGUUCCAGGAGGCAAGAGCCAGAUAUAUGAAGUUGGAUUAGUUUGUUUGGGUUGGCAAUUGAUGAGUUAUGAAGACAUUUUGGGUAACAAACAUGUGCAAUUGCAGCAAAAGAUAGUUUCAGGGUAAAAGAUUAGCAGUUAAUUGUGAUUGUCCAUCUGGGUCUUCUUGCUUUUCUUUUCUUUUCCUUUCCUUUCUUUUUCCUUGGCCUUGUGAUUGUACUAGAAAGAUUUCUGGGGUACCCCAGGAUAGAAAUUGUAACUUUUAGUUAGUCAUGAUUAAUGGAAAAUUUUGUUUCUGUUUUGUACAAGAAUGACUUUUCCAUUAAUCUGCAAUUGUAGAAUUUCAACCAAGGCCACUCAAUGCUUUAUGAAUAAAUUCUAGAUACGCUCAAUUAUUUGAAAUCACGUACAUCGGUUAAGUCCGAUGAAUAUUUUUAAAUAGCAUGAAAAUGAAACAUACGAGUUUCAGGAGUCA